AUGAAAAUCCUCGCCAUCACAGCUGCGUUCCUGGGCGGGAUGUUCGAGACCGCCGUUCCAGAUCCCAUCCCCUGUUGCGCGGCCCUCAGCUCAACCGCCCUGCAAAGCAAAGUUUUCUAUCCAGGAAGCACGCCAUAUCAGCGGUCCGUGGAAUCGUAUUUCGCCGUCAACGCGCAGUUAGAACCCUCAUGUAUCGUCCAGCCUCUCUCUGCAGAGGAUGUUUCUAUCGCUGUUUCUACCCUCGUUCAGAAUAGUGAUUUAGAGCCAUGCCAGUUCGCAGUCCGCUCCGGUGGCCAUACCACCUGGGCCGGAGCAGCAGACAUCCCGCCGGGCGUCACGAUCGAUCUGUCGAUGAUGAACCCGACGACCUAUCACUCCGAGAAUUCAACAGCAUCAAUUCUUCCAGGCGCGAGAUGGAAGUCUGUCUAUCAGACGCUCGAUGCGUUUGGUGUCGCAGUCCCGGGAGGUCGAGCAGGACCUGUGGGAGUGGGCGGCUUUACUAUCGGAGGUGGCAAUUCCUUCUUUGCCGCGCGUUACGGUUUCGUAUGUGACAAUGUCGUCAAUUUUGAGCUCGUACUCGCCAACGGAAGCAUCAUCAACGCAAACAGCCAGACCAAUUCCGACCUAUUCAAAGCUCUUAAAGGGGGCUCCAACAACUUCGGCAUCGUCACCAAGAUCGAUCUGUCCGCUUUCCCGCAGGGCGAUCUCUGGGGCGGCGUGGUGCGCUACGACAAUUCGACCUCGACGAGAGCUCAACUCGUUCCCGCUAUCGUUAAUUUUACGAACCAUGUCGAGGACGAUCCCUUUGCGUCGCUGAUUACCUUCUGGCAGUAUUCGUCUGCGUUGGGUGCGAAUGUCUUCAUCAAUGCCCUUGAGUAUACCAAGCCGGUGGUGAACCCGUCUGCCUUUAGCCAGAUCCUCAGAAUUGCUAAUACAUCGAGUACCAUGCGGAUUACGAAUUUAGACGAGCUGACGACGGAGUUGGCACAAGCAACUCUUUCUCACAUUGACAUUCCGAGAUACGCGCGAGCAAUCCACGCAGACAACGAGUUCAUCUACCUCGACUAUUCUGACAAAUGGCAGAAUCCCCUGCGGAGUUAUGGUGCGAAGAACCUGGCCUUUCUCAGAAAGGUUGCGGAGAAGUAUGAUCCUUCGGGCGUGUUUCAGAGACUGGUCCCUGGGAGGUUUAAGGUGACUGGUGCUUGA